AUGGUUGAUGAUGUUGAAACUUCAACAUCAUCAAGUCAUGAAACAAGCAUCCCUGAUCAUUCUACAUCAAGUUCCAAAACAUUGAAGAAACGUAAGGAAAUUGUAGUGAAACCAAAAUGGUGCAAUGAUGAAGAGUAUGCUGAAAUUCAAAGUUUUACAAAACGCCCAAGUUUUAAAAGUCUUCCAAAGCACAUUAUUGAACUUUUGAAAAAAUCAUUAGGAUCUUUAGGUUUUGAAAUAAAAAAAUUUAAAUUAAAUACAAAUAUUUAUUUUCUGGAAGAAAUUCCUAAAUCAAAAGGAAAUGACCAGUUCUCAGAUGAUUUGGAAAAGAUCAGAAGCAGCAUUUUGAGUGGAGGUAACAAUAAUUAUAAUUAUGAAACAAUACCAAACAGUUAG